UAACUGAGUAAAAUAUAUCUGAUCUGACAUCACUAAAGUAUUGGCCACGCUCGGAUAAAUUUGUUCAAUACUCCUUUUGUUGUUUUCUGCUUCCAUAUAUGAGAAAGCAAACGAUGAAGUGUGGAAUGACUGGUACUCCAAGAGAAUUCAUUUGUGUCUGACUGCAGUUUCAUAUCGUUCUGGGCUAUUUGGCUGUCUGCAGGACUGAUAUGAAGUUACCGCCACACCGCGCCAAGGGGUUGCUGUUAUGAAACUAGCAUAAAUAAUUAAACUACACAAUCACAAUACGAAAUCACUGCUUCAUGUCGCCUGCCAUAUGGUAAUUUGUGCUCCACUUCGGUGGAGGCUUUUCAGUAAUUUCUCGUUAAACUAAAAAAAACCAAGUGAAGCACACAUCCAGCCAACGUUAUCCUUUGAUCACGCCUUCCUAUUUUGUUUGAGAACCCUAUCACAAUAAUGUCACCCCAGACAUUCGAUGUGUUAACAAAAGAGGCUUUAACCAACAACUUGGUUGCGCUUUUGAACUAAAUGUAGAUUUAUUCUACACUUUUAGGUUUAGCGAAUCUGUGAUUUAUUCAGUUAAGUUUAUAAGUUGUUACCGUUUAAUUAAGAGAACUUCUAAACGAAUGUCAUCAUUGUGAAGUGGCUUCUGUUCAACUACUCUCCAAUCAGCCGCAAAAUGACCGCAAUGUCACAAGUCAGCAUGCACAAUUUUUUUAACAACUCUCAACGAUGUGUGACCACAAUUUCAUCGGUUUAUUGCACACAGUAAUCGAUACGAAUUUAGCAAACACCAUAAUCGGAAAAAACCCUUUUAUGUAUGGUUUUUCGGUUUUUGGAAACUCACCAAAUAUUAGUUUGUUUCCUGGGCACUACUGAAUAUUUUUAGAGUGUUAUUUUGAAGUCGGUUGUUAACGAUAAUUCCGGCGUGGCUGGUUGCACUGUUGGCUAAUGUCGGGCGUGCACGUGAACAAUAUAGUGGGCGGCUAUAUAGUCACAAAUGAACCACUUGGAUACUUCAGUAAUCAGUGCAACAUUCAUUCUAGCCACACCGGACUGAUGAUUAGCCCAUGACUGCAACAGCCAGCUAGGACCACGGAUAUCCCGCAGAGUACUCAAAUGAAUUCGCUCAACUUUAUUUUACUUUUGGUGUGCUUCACGCCAGUAUCACUACAGAACGGAGCAGAGAUUACAAACCUCCAAGGUGAUUUACUAAACUUGUUAGAGAUAAAGGAAAAGCCGAGCGUGGCAAGAAGUAGGUCUCAAGUACCGAAAUAUGUGAUGGACUUGUACAAGGAACAAGCUCAUACAACGGGCUUCACCAAGUUUGGCAAAUCUGCUCCUAGGAAAACCAUACGAACUUUCUUCAGAGACACGAGCGUCAGCGAGGACAAGAGUCGCUUGUACUUCAACUUAUCGUCGCUUAAACCCAAUGAACAAAUAGAGAAAGCAGAGCUGAGAUUAUUUAAGAGACGUUCUAAGCUGGAGAACACUCAUGGUCAUUUUAAGGUGACAGUGUAUCGUUUGAAUCGCCGACCUGUAGAGGGUAACACAAGCUGGAAGAAAAAGUUGACUACAGUGGCUACCAAACAUGUUAAAUGUCGUCGAGUUGGCGGCUGGGUCGUGUUAAAUGUUACCUCAGCUGUGUCGUUUUGGAGUUCUUGGCCAUCACGAAAUUUCGGUUUGUGGAUCUCAGUCAAAGGAAUUGGAAUUCCAACUUCGGAUUUCUUCAUAGCAACUGGUGGUAGGAAAGAGCCGAUCUUGGUCAUUUACGGAGAUGAUAAGGACAAAAAGCAAGACAAAUCGUUGCGACCUUUUAGUGAGAUUCCGAACGAAACAAGGCAUAACGGCGAAGAUAAACACAACAAAGGUAAAGGCAAAAACAAGCAAGACACUUCUGGCAUAAUGAACAGAAGACGCAGAUCUGUGGGAGACGUUAGCUGUGCGAGACACAAACUGUUUGUGAAAUUUCGUGACUUGAACUGGGACAAAUGGAUUAUAGCACCUCGAGGAUUCAGCGCUUAUUACUGCAUGGGUACAUGUCCAGAAGUCAUCGAUAAAUAUUACGAUCCAUCAAACCACGCCAUAAUACAAAACCUCCUUCACCAUCGAUUAAAUAAGAACAUUCCUGCAGCAUGCUGUGUACCCACAAGUUUAAACUCUAUGAGUUUGAUGUAUUUUGAGCUGGAUGGAAGCAUUGUGCUAAAGGAAUACCCUGGUAUGGUUGCAUCGACGUGUGGCUGUCGCUAACAGAGUUAUAGUUUACAAAUAAACCUCGUCUGUAAAUGUCAGUCGAUUUAAAGUGAAAGCACAGAGAACAAAUUAAGUGUCAAAGAACAUAUUUAUAUUGAUAAAAGGUGUUUCGCACCCUAACACGAUAUCGGAAUAUAGUGAAUAAAUUGAAGUAGAGUAUUAUUGCGACCCGAGGCAGAUUCGCAGCGGUUAAUCAAAAGAUUGACAAAGUCAGACAUUUUUUCAGAAUAGUCAGUCUUGCUCGGGUGGUGUAACACACUAGUUAAAGAUCGAUUGUACCACACAAAUCUCCAGUAAGUGUACGAAAAUUAUCUGUAGACGGAGAGUAAAGAGGAGCUAUAAAUGGAACAGUGUAACCUAUAAAAAGUAUGACCGAUAACUAGCCUGGAGCGGCUGCUACUGUUCAAAGACAAUUUUAUUUAUUUCCGGUCAGGCAGUGAGCCGACGUCUAUUUCUCCAGAAAUUUGCAUUAAUUUCAGACUUAUUAUAUCACGCUUCUGUAAGCAUGAAUUCAAUAAAUUUAAACCCUGCAAAAAAGAGUGUUCCGCCAUCACGUACUACGACUAACAGCUCAUAUUCCUUCUGGUAUUGUCCAAUAAUUCCACUAAGCACUUCACUAUGUUGUCCAAGUCAGUUUGCCAAAAAAAAAUUUAAGUUCCCACAUUGUUAAAAAUAUUUGUACUUGAGAAUGAAGAGUAAAUUGUUGACUUAGGAGGCUUAA